UUUCGGUGCGUGCGGUUCGGAUUCUUGUUGCGCUGCGGUCAGGUUCAAUCGGAUUAUGUUUGUAAGUGCCUUCACCAUCAUGCUAUCCCGUUCGCUCUGCCGGUCGUGAUUGUGUUCCCGUGUGAGAACAACGGCGAAAGGUGUAUUUAGUGUCUGCCGUUUUUUUCUUCUUUCUUUUCUUCACUAUAUGUGUUAUAGAGUGAGUGUUUUGGCUCAGUGUUUGAGAUUGUAAGAAGAAAAGCGAGCUGGAAAGUUCACGCAGGCAGGUUCUUCAGCGACCAGUCCGCCGUAACCGUACCAGGCCAAAACGGCAAAUAUAAUUAGUGUGUUCUCUGUGUUCAGUGUUUUUGUGACCCAACCCCAGAAGCCUAAAUGAAGAGUUUAUAGCGGUUGAAAAGCAUCCAAAAUGCGAUUUAAUAUAUUCCUUGCUCCGACGAUUGGAGUGCUCGUACUAGUGCUAUGCUCAUCCCGGAUCGCAUCGAUACAGGUUGAGAAGGAGGCCUACUUCAAUGGUUCGUCGUACCUCAGGUUAAAGACGCCAAUGACCCUAUGGAGCCAUUCGGCGAUAAGCUUCAAGACCUGCCGAGGCGGUGAAAUCCUGUCUCAGCGUUAUGCCAGUCAUGCUUUGCUGGUGUCAGUACUACCGGAUUCAAUUUCGAUAGUGCUAUCGGCACCCAGCAGCCAGCCACUAGAAGCACGUGUUACGGGUCGCUUUUUGGACAAUAAGUGGCACACGCUGCAGUUUCUCUACCAGGUGGGAACACUAUACUGCAUUAUCGAUAAACAGUCGACAACGAUAGCCAACCAAACCUUCAAUAAUCAGCUUAUCACGAAUAAAUACAUCAAAGACGAAGCGGCCGUUCUGAUCCUGGGCAAUCAAUACUCAGGAUGUUUGCUCCACGGACCUGGGCUGGUGUUCAACCAGAGCGCGAUGAACUACGAGGGUGUCGUGUUUGGUCCAUGUCCCUUGGCUCCUGGACCUUGUACGGAUCAUGAUGUGCUCACUGGGCCCCCGAAGGAUCAUUGUGCAACAGAUCCCUGCAUGCAGCAUGGAACCUGCAUCUCACGAACUGAAGGAUACGAAUGUCACUGUACGUCCCGAUUCAAGGGGAAAAAUUGUGAGAUUGAUAUGGGUAACCCGUGCCAAUCAGAUCCAUGUCAACAUGGUGGUAGCUGCCAGGAAGAUCCUAAGGGAGAUUAUAAGUGUAUUUGCGCGCCUGGUUUCACGGGAACGCAUUGUGAAACCGAACUCAGCUCCCAUCCAUUGUGUGAUCCAACUCCGUGUUUUAAUGAUGGAAUUUGUCGUGUGCCACCGGGAAAAAACAACUACGAAUGUGAGUGUUUGAAAGGUUUUAUCGGUGCGCGCUGUGAAAUCAAUUGGGAUGACUGCAAACCAAAUUUGUGUUUGAAUGGAGGCAAGUGCGUGGAUGGUGUUGACGCUUUCACUUGCGAUUGUAAGGGAACCGGUUACGGGGGUACGCUUUGCCAAAACAACAUUGACGAGUGUUCUGUGAAUCCUUGCCUGAACGGUGGAACCUGUUUCGAUACGUACGGUUCGUACUUGUGUGAAUGUCCCAUCGGAUUUACCGGUGCUAACUGUCAGCUAAGCAUCAACGAGUGUAAAUCAGCACCUUGUCAACACGGCGGAACAUGCAUCGACACUCAAGUAGGUUUCGAAUGUCGCUGCCAGCCUGGAUUCUCGGGAGAGCUGUGCGAUAUUGAGCCAGGCUGCAGUCAGUGUCCCAUCGACUCCGAUUGCGUAUCCGGUCGAUGUGUCUGCAAACCUGGAACCACAGGCUCGAUAGGCCAGUGCGUAGAGCAGUACACCACCAUGGCCACCACCGGCACAGCUGGGCUGCAGCUAAGCGGGCGCGUUGCGAUCGCCCAAAAGUCGGCCCAAUCCAAAGCUUGCUCUAGCUAUUGCUACAACGGUGCCAGCUGUGUGUGGGCCAGCCCUAGUGCCGUUCCCACUAGCACCGCCAUCGUCGGCAGCAACAACCCAGCACCGGGUUACGGUAGAAAUAUAACAUGCGUUUGUGCUAGCGGAUUUACAGGAUCCCGCUGCGAGUCGCCCAUUGCACUUCCCUACUCGGACACGGAGUGCAACUGCCAGAACGGCGGAAGCUGCACACCAAACAGUAGCUCACCUUGCGUCUGUCCACCCGGCUACGAGGGAACGCACUGUGAGCUGCCGGUCGUAUGCACGGCGACCAACUGCCAGGAACCGUACCGCUGUAUCGGCGGAAAGUGUCAGUGUCCGGAGAACAUGAACUGUGACCAUGCCUGCGCGUCGAUGCCCUGUCUACAUAAUGGGUCCUGUUUCGCGAAAGGCCAGGAUUACGUCUGCCAGUGCCCACCAGGAUACGAGGGAAAACGUUGUGAAAGUGAUGUAGACGAGUGUAAGAUCAAGGAGAAGAUCUGUGGCAACGGUAUCUGCCAGAAUACGCCCGGUUCGUUUCGAUGCUUCUGUACGCCUGGUUACACGGGCUUGAAUUGUGAUCUCGAUGUAGACGAGUGCCUUAGCCAUCCGUGUAAAAACAGUGCUCAGUGUUUGAACAAGGAGAACGAUUACGAGUGCAUUUGUCCGCCUGGUUACAGUGGAAAAGACUGCAGCACGAAUAUCAACGAGUGUGAAAGCAAUCCAUGCUCGAAGGGAUCAUCCUGCAUUGACCGGGUGGCGAACUUUUCGUGUGUCUGCAUACCGGGAAUGACGGGUCGGCUGUGCGAAAUUGACAUUGAUGAUUGUGAGUCCCAGCCUUGCCUAAAUGGAGGCCGCUGUAUCGACUUGCUAGGCGGUUUCCAGUGUGAUUGCAACCAGACCGGUUACUCUGGUUCCUACUGUCAGGUCAACAUCAACGAGUGUGACCCGAACCCGUGCAAAAACGCAGCCAGCUGUAUUGACAAGGUGAACGAUUACGCCUGCAAGUGUUAUCCGGGUUACACGGGUAAAAACUGCGAGGAAGAUAUCGACGAGUGCGAGUCGAAUCCGUGCCAGUACUCCGGAAAGUGUCUAGAACGGUCCAAUGUCACUCUGUACUAUAUAAAGAACAAAAAUCUGCCAGCGAUCUUUUCGCAGCAGUUCCAGUUCGAAAACGCCAGUGGGUAUGAGUGCGUUUGUGUGAACGGAACGAUGGGGAAGAAUUGUGAGAUUAAUAUCAACGAGUGUGAGAGUAGUCCUUGUAGGAACGGCAACUGUGUGGAUGGAAUCGGAAACUACACGUGCGAGUGCGAACCAGGUUUCGAAGGAAUGCACUGUGAAACGGAUAUAGACGAGUGUUUGAAGUAUCAGCCUUGCGUCCACGGAACCUGCAUGGAUGGACGCAACAAUUAUAACUGUGACUGUGAUGGGUUGUGGGGAGGAAAAAAUUGUUCUGUUAGACUAACUGGUUGCGUGAAUGAACCAUGUUUGAACGGUGGUGCUUGCAUACCCUAUCUGGAGGAUGAAACGGAACACAAAUUCAAUUGUUCGUGUCGACAAGGAUUCCAGGGAGAAACAUGUGACACGGUUACGACCAUGUCACUCGCUAAAAGCAGUUUACUGAUAGUGAAUACAUCGAGAGAUGAAGGAUAUGACAUUCAGCUGAGAUUUAAGACAACUUUACCGAACGGUAUUCUGGCCUUCGGAAACGGCGCUACCUCGUACAUUCUAGUAUUGAACAACGGAAGACUUAAUCUGCACUCAGCGCUGCUGAAUCGUUGGGAAGGAGUCUUCAUAGGAUCGGGACUAAAUGACAGUAAGUGGCAGAAAGUUUUCGUAGCCAUUAACUCGUCUCAUUUAGUCUUGUCCGCCAACGAAGAGCAAACCAUUUAUCCGAUCAAUUCCUACGAGGGUACCAACGGAAGUAACACCUCGUUCCCGAUAACCUAUUUGGGAGGAACGACACCAACUCUGGCUAAACCUUAUUUGAAGCAUAUCGCAAAAGCCGUCUCCAGCUUCGUUGGAUGCAUGGAAGACGUUGUCAUUAACGGUCAGUGGGUUCUUCCAGGACAGGAGCAGGAGUUCACAACACUGCACAAUAUUGACACCGGAUGUCCUCGCACUCCACAAUGCGAACCCAACCCUUGCAACUCGAACGGACAAUGUACCGAUCUGUGGCACACGUUCUCCUGCAGCUGUCAACGGCCACACUUGGGUCAGACUUGCAAGUACAACAUCACCGCCGCAACUUUCGGACAUGAAAACACUACUCGAUCGGCUGUCAAGGUAAUUGUGAGCGAAUCCGCUCGACGGGCGAUACGGUCAGUAUUGGACAUAUCAAUGUUCAUUCGAACGCGGCAAGGUUCCGGAAUGGUGUUCUACCUUGGAAGCGAUCCUGAUAUGGACAACAACCAAAAUCCAGCGGACGACUCGUACGUGGCUGCCUUCCUUUCCAAAGGAGAGCUGCUCGUGCGAAUGAUCUUUAACGACACCCCCGAAGGUUAUACCGUGGGUGGAAAUAAACUCGACAAUGGCUACCUUCAUCUUAUAGAGGUGAUACGUAACUCGACACUUAUACAAGUGAAACUAAAUGGAACCGAGUAUUUCCGGAAGACUCUAUCCUCUUCUGGACAGUUGAACGCUCAAGUGCUUUACCUAGGUGGACCGCCUCCGUAUGCGGAUUCGAUAAACAGUUUGUACAAGGACGAAUCGGAGAGACAAUUUUUCAAGGGUAUCAUUCAGGAUGUCCAGGUGUCGAAUGGUUCGCAUGAAAUGAUUGUCGAGCUGUAUCCUCUCAACGAGGAAGGGUUAACUCUGCCGCCUCCAUUUGGGAAAGUGACAAUCGAUCGCAGCUCGGUGCUGGAGGGUGUAGUGACAGAUGACCUCUGCCGAACGCAGCCUUGCAAGCAUGACGCCAUCUGUGGCAACACUUGGAAUGAUUUCGUUUGCACCUGUCCCCGCGGCUACAAGGGUAAACUCUGCCAGGAGAUACAGUUCUGCGAGUUGCAAAAGUGUCCUCAGAAUGCCACCUGCCAGAACCUGGACACCGGUUACGAGUGCAUCUCCAAUAUGACCUUUCACGACGAUAACGAACCACUGAAGUUUUCGUUCAACCCAGGCACGUCCGAUCUGCUGCACAACCCUAAGGAUAACAGCAACAUGGACACAAUCGAGAUCUCCUACAGGACCAAAUUUGGCGGCACGCUGCUGUACGUUCAGGACAGUGAUAUGUACUUUGAAAUUUCAACCAUUCGGAAGCUGGUAACCAUAUCGUGGAGGCUGUCGAUGGAACUGCCCGAGCAGUAUCGAUUCGAGUACGAAGACGAUGACAACUACGGUUGGCAUACGGUAUUCAUAAUGGUUACCUCCAAUGGAAAAUUGGAAGCUGGUUGGAAGGGAUGGGAAACGACCCUCGAUCCACAGCCUAGCAUUUCCGUAAAUAUUGACUAUCUAGCGUUUAAACACCUUUUUUCGGGUAAACAUUUCAUCUAUCUGGGUGGAAUGCCCGUAUUAUCUCACAUUGAGAAUAAUUCCGUUGUAAACGGUGGAAUUGACAAGGGCUCCACAUUCAAAGGAUGUUUAGGAGAAACUCGAGUCGGUGGUUAUUUGCUGCCGUAUUUCCCCCACGACGUGAUCUAUCCAGACACGUUCCAGUUCACCGGAGCUCAUUUUAACCUCAACUCUAGCCAGCCGGAGGAAGGUUGCGUUCUUUGCUUCCAACAGUCUUGUAAAAACGGUGGCGUCUGCAGUAAUCCCUCGGAGAAGUACGCCUGCGAUUGCCCUGCAGGUUACGAAAGCGAUGACUGCUCGCAGAACAUCGACGAAUGUUUGACCGCUAACUGCACCAACAACUCAACUUGCAUAGACGGAGUGGCCAGUUUUACUUGCCGGUGCCUCGAAGGUUACGAAGGUGAUUUGUGCGAAUACGAAAUCGACGAAUGCAUGUCGAACCCCUGUCAUAACGGAGGCACCUGUACCGAUCUGGUAGCAGGCUACCAGUGCGAAUGUACGGAGGAAUAUGCCGGACAGCAGUGUGAUACGUUCAGGCUGGUAACCUGCGAGAACCAACCGUGCAAAGCUGGCUCAAUUUGCAUCGACGGAUUUAAUUCCACAACAGGAAACAAUUUCACCUGUUCAUGCAAACCAGGAUAUGCGGGACCGUUGUGCGAUACCCCUUUCUGUCAGCUCGAGGAAUGCCGGAACGAUGCAGUUUGCAUUACCAGUGAGGAGAACGUUCCAAUAUGCCGUUGCACGCCCGGCUACAUGGGACGCCUCUGCGAAAUCGAAAUCGACGAAUGUGAAUCGGCCCCCUGCCUUAACGGGGGCCAGUGUAUCGACUUCAUCAGCAUGUACCGGUGCAACUGUUCUGGCACUGGUUUCGAGGGUCACAACUGUGAAUUAGAUAUCGAUGAAUGCUACGAAGAACGAAUAAGCUGCGGUGGGCGAGGGUUAUGCAUCAACACGAGAGGUUCCUUCAGGUGUCAGUGUGACGAAGGAAUGUGUGGCAAAGAGUGUGCCCAAAUAGAUCCCUGUCGACUUAAUCCCAACGUAUGUGAAAACGGUGGAAUCUGUAUCGAAGACUGCGACAAAGACCACCGGUACUACUGCAACUGUACCGCUGGUUUUACCGGCAUCAACUGCUCCGAACAGGCCGUACUGGAAGCCGAAGGAACAACCGGUGCCGACAUUGCGCUGAUCGUCGUCCCCGUGGUGAUCGGCAUUCUAACGCUGGCGGGUGCCCUGAUCGGUACUUUCCUGGUGAUGGCACGGAACAAACGUGCCACCCGCGGUACAUACAGCCCCAGUGCCCAGGAGUACUGCAACCCAAGACUGGAAAUGGACAACAUGCUGAAGAUACCGCCGGAGGAGCGGCUCAUCUAGUGACGUACAAAUUUCGCGCGCGAUUGUUAGAGCAUAACCUAUGCGUUCUGUUGUUGCAUCUCUAGCCCUGAGAAGAGCUUUAUGCUUUGUUGCUGUUUAUGUCCAUACAAAGAUGACGCACCGGUUGUCGUUUUUUUCUCUUUGUAGAUAAAAAAAAUAUUGAUCUUGUUACGGCCCCGUGGCUGCAUGAUUGUGAAUAGACAUACGACUUUUACUCAUAGUAGAAAACCAGAUUAAAUUAAUCACAUACAGUUAUGGUUAAGUCAACACUCUUAACAACAACAUCCUGCGGUUCAACCUGUAAACUAGCUAGUUGUGGGUUUUUGUACUUAAAAUCUGCCGAAAAGCGAACAAACAAGUUUUUAACUUAAUGUUAAAACGAUAAUGUGAUAUGAACCCUACCCCAUAAACAGAGUACGAUAAGUAAAAAAGAAUAAUAAGAGACGACGAACGGCGAGUAUUUUAACGUUACUCAAAACUGUCCUAGAAACAAAAGAUCAAGGGAGAAUAGAAUCUAGACUUCUCUUUUAAGCAAAUUAUCGUUUCCGAAAGCUUUAACCUACAUUCCGUCCAUUAGCAAGUGUAUAUAGAAGACUUAAAAAUGCAAAGCAAAAUUGAAUGUCGAAAAGAAACUAAAUUCAAUCCAAGUGCCGUAUGUUGACUGUUUUGGAAAAUGUUCCUUCCUUUGGGAAAACCAACCAACGCAAAAUUUUAACCUUCGUUUUCAUGUACCGAUGAAGUGGUGGCGUAUCCUUCCAUCGGAAAACCUCUUGCUAUAGGAGACUGAAAUUCUAAAGCGGGAAACUGAAUGUCUUUAUUUUAAACCUUAACGUAUAGGUAUAUCGUAUAGUAGUUUGAUUGAGUUAAAAUGCGUAAGAAUAUCGACUACGAUACAGUAAAGAGCAAACGACAAACCAGAGGCGUAAUUGUUGUCACACGUUUCUCAACCAUCACGAUAUGGCGAAGUGAAAGACUUUUUUUUGUAAAGUAGAUAAGAGCAUAUAUUUUAAAAGCGUCGUUAUUAGUUUAGUGUAAAAUAUAGGAAAUAUUUAAAUAUA